AUGGCGAAUUACAGCUCACAAUUUAUCCCCAACUUUGUCACAAUCACGGAACCAUUACGGCAACUCACCCACAAAGGAACACCUUUUAUAUGGACUCAGGAACAAGACCAUGCGUAUAAUACACUGCGAAAGGCUUUAAUUAACAGUCCUGUGAUGAGUUACUUCGAUGUCAACAAAGCCACUGAAGUGACAGUGGAUGCGAGUCUAGUGGGGCUGUCCGAUCAGCGAUCUUAUCUAAGCGUGAUUCACCUUCAUCACCCCCAAACAUAGUCGCUUAUGCUAGUCGUGCUCUCACCUCUACCGAGCGACGCUAUUCGCAAACUGAAACUGAGGAAGCGCUGGUGGGUAUUGAGUAUUUCCAUUUGUAUCUGUAUGGUGCAACCUUCACUCUGUAUACCGACCACAAAGCCCUCGAAGUCAUCUUUGGGAACCCAAUUUCAAAACCACCAGCCCGAAUAGAACGUUGGUUUCUACGCCUCCAGCAAUAUAAAUUUCGGGUCGUUUAUAAAUCAGGCAGUACAAAUCCGGCAGACUACUUGUCUCGCCAUCCCCCUGAUAGUAAACAAAAACAAACGAACAUUGCAGACAAGUACGUACAUUUCGUAACACACACAGAAGUCCUCCCCGCACUUACAGUGGACGAUGUUCGCAAAGCAACCAGCAAAGAUACAUUACUUGGUUUGAUACGUACAGCAAUCCAGACGGGACAGUGGUCCAGUAGUGAACUGAAACAGUUCAAGCCCAUCAAAGAUGAACUAUCUAUUGACUACACCAACAAUGUGGUGCUUCGGGGCACCAGACUUGUAAUCCCUUCAUCAUUGGUUCAAGGGCACCAAGGGCAGGUCAGAACAAAGGCGUUGAUACGGGAACACGUUUGUUUCCCAGAAAUGGACAAAAAAGUUCGUGCAGAACUUGAAAAGUGCCUCGCUUGUCAAGCCACUGGGCAACCAAGUCAACCAGAACCCCUUCGGUCCACCCCGCUACCUAACAAAGCAUGGGACAAACUCAAGAUUGAUUUAUAUGGCCCAUUACCGACUCGCCAGUAUAUUUUGGUGAUACUGGAUUGCUAUUCACGAUUUCCGGAAGUAGAAGUGUUGUCUUCGAUCUCUGCCAAGACUGUAAUCCCGGAACUCGAUGCAGCUUUUCCCCAGCAUGGUGUCCCUUCGCAGGUUGUUUCAGACAAUGGGCCACCUUUCCAACAAGGACAUGAAUUCAACAGAUACAUGACAUAA